CUAAGAGACACUGGCACGCUCAGUUCAAGGAUGGUGCGGAAGUCGGUGGUGGUGGGUUUGGCGGUGCUGCUAAUUGCUGCAGUCGGGACGUUUUUAGGUGUGUUUUUUGGAUAUAAGGGUAAAGUUUCAUCUGUCGUCACUGAGAAAUCGUACGCACAUGCCGCUGUAGCAGCAGACGCCGGGCCGUGCUCUGAAGUUGGCAGAGACAUUCUCUUAAAGGGUGGUUCUGCUGUAGAUGCAGCAAUCGCUGCUCUGUUGUGUGUAGGUUUGAUGAAUGCUCACAGUAUGGGGAUCGGAGGAGGCCUGUUCCUCACCAUCUACAAUGCUCACACAAGACAAGUGGAAACAAUUAACUCGCGUGAAAGAGCACCCUUUAACGCCUCUCGGGACAUGUUCGGGAACAGCACUGAUCUUUCUCGGAAAGGCGGCCUUUCCAUCGCUGUUCCUGGAGAAAUUCGAGGAUAUGAGCUGGCUCAUCAGCGUCAUGGCAAGCUGGCCUGGAAAGAACUGUUCACGCCAAGCAUCGAACUCGCAAAGAACGGAUUUCCUGUUGGUAAAGCUCUCGCUGGAGCCAUUUACAGUAGCAAAAAUGCUAUCCUCACGGACGAAGCUUUAUGUUCCGUGUUCUGUAACAAAAAUGGAGGUAUCUUAAAGGAAAAUGACACAAUCACCUUCCUGAAGCUGGCGGAUACGUAUCAGCAGAUUGCAGAGAAAGGGGCAGAUGCUUUUUACCAUGGAACGAUCGCAGAAAAUCUCAUCAGAGACAUUAGGAAUGCAGAUGGCAUUAUAACUUUGGAAGAUUUAAUGAAUUACACUGCACUGUUGGAUGAAAAUCCUUUGAAAGUAUCAAUAGGUGAAUUUACAAUGUUUGUGCCAAACGCUCCAUCCAGUGGCCCCAUUCUCUCCCUCAUCCUCAACAUACUGAACGGUUAUAACUUCACAGCAGACAGCGUUUCCAGCACUCAGAAGAAAAUUCUCACAUAUCAUCGUAUAGUGGAGGCUUUCAAAUUUGCAUAUGCUAAACGCAGUGUUCUGGGAGACCCCAAAUUUCUUAACAUCACUGAUUUUAUCCACAACAUCACAUCUAAAAGCUUUGCAGAUUCAAUCCGGCAGAAAAUCACAGAUAACACGACACAUAACGAGAGUUAUUACGAACCCGAAUAUUUUCUUCCGGAAAAUCAUGGAACAUCUCAUAUUUCUGUAGUGGACGCAGACGGAAGUGCAGUCGCUGCCACCAGCACCAUUAAUCAUUAUUUUGGCUCCAAGGUCAUGUCCUCAUCUACAGGCGUGUUGUUGAAUAAUGAGAUGGAUGAUUUCAGUUCUCCUCUGAUAAUUAAUGGAUUCGGUGUUCCACCUUCACCUAAUAACUUCAUCCUACCACAAAAGCGUCCCAUGUCGUCUAUGUGUCCUGCUAUCCUGUUUGACAAAAAUAAUAAAGUUAAACUGGUGGUUGGUGGCUCAGGAGGGACAAAAAUCACAACAUCAGUUUCUGAGGUCAUUUUAAAUUCACUAUUCUUCAACUACGAUCUGAAGAAAGCCAUUUCUGAUCCCAGAGUUCAUCAUCAGCUCAGUCCAAACUUCACUUUGUUUGAGUCAGACUUUGACGUGGCUGUAAUUGAUGGACUUAUUAAGAAAAAUCACCUGACUGAGAUGUUGACAACAACAGGUGCUGUGGUUCAGGCGAUCCUGCGAGAGGAAAACCGUCUAUACGCUGAAUCCGACCCUCGAAAGGGAGGAUACGCUGCAGGAUACUGACAAGCUUUAUUUUUUUUCCCUAUUUAUCCAUGAAAUGUCCUAACAUCUGUUUAGAUUUUAUAGCAUUAGUGAUAUUAAAUUGAUCAGACUGUCACAUGACCUGAAGGAGUUUCAUGCUGAAGGAGUGACCUGACGGAGUUUCAUGCAUUUCAGACUUUUUUUAAAACCAGACAUCCUAGUAAUGUCUUUGUAUGUGACUUAACAAAUUAAGUUAAAAUUAAAACCUUAACUUUCUUUUUCA